AUGCCGUUCGUGAAGCGUAUCGUCACUCCACGGUACAUCGCCCGUUCGUCGAAGUUGGCCCUACAGCCCUAUGCGGCCGCCCCGGUCGUACCCGUGGCCGACAAUGAGCUGGAGGCGUUGACCAACGUCACCCUCAGCAACGCCCUACGCCAGCUCGCCUCACUCGUCUCGAUCUCGAACCAGAUCUUCACCGAGCUGCAUCAGGAGUUGGCCAGCGUGAAUGAACGAUCCGUCGGUAUCAAGCGGCGCAUCGACCGGCUGUCGGAACGCGUGGAUAAGUUCGAACCGAAGCAGGUCACCGUCCCCGAGAGCGAUCUCGACACGUUCGUGCAGAUCAAGAGCCACUAUCAGACGCAGUACCAUGUGGACACGGCACUGUUCACGGUGGCUACCCGGUCCGAGACGGUGCAGGAGCUGUAUGAAGCGGCCGCCAAGACGCCGGUCGCGACCAUCGCCGAGAUGGACCGGAUUAUGGGCAACAUCGCUGGCCACAGUUCGGACGCGUUCAUCUGCACGCCGGUAUUGAGUCGCCAACGCCGUACUGCCCGGGCCAACAACGUGGACAUGGACAUCGAAGUCAGUCUGCCAACGGCCGUGCAGGAUCUUCGCAAAUGGACCUCUUCAGAAGCGAUCGGUGACGUCACGACCGGAGUUGCGUGCUCCGUGAAGAUCACACCCAACCUCGCGAACAACUCCGUCCCCCAGAAUGUCAGCGAACCGGAAAUAAUCACCACCCCAUCCGAUCUAACGGACGCGCCUGCCACGACCUCCAACACGCUCCACGAAACCGACCUUGACGCCAUCACGACUCUGCCAGAACCCAUGGCAACCGUCAGUAGUAGUAGUGGAGACGAUCGAGUCGACCAUCAGCUGCCUUCACCGGUCGAACAGUGCCGAAUCCUGGCGUCCAAGUUCCCGGCGGAAACGAUCAAAAUCGACACAUCCGGGCGGGCGUUCGAUCGGAUGUCCUCCAUGCGGAAGUCCCUCAUGUGCUACACAGCGACGCGUCCCAAAAAGGACGACGGAAAACCGGAAGAAGACACGGUUCGCAGGCGAUCGCGGUUACGACGACCUCGAGGGAAGCGACGCAAUACGAUCGCAGGAACGGACCAGCGAGAAAUCGCCGAGGUCAUCAACAAGGGGGAGCCCGAGAACGCGGCCACGGAUGAACAUCCGGUGUGUGACUUCGGUGAGCUGAUGCCAGCCCUACGCAGCAAAUCGGGCGAUCUGCUGCGCAAGGAGCCAUCCUUCUCGGCAGAGUGGGCCAAGAGCUUCAACAAGAUGUCGCACUUCAACUCGCUCAAGCAGUGGGGCAUCAAUCGGUUGCGCAUGAUAAACCGCGAGUCGGUGAGCCACCGCGACAAGGAUCAGGACAUUGACGACUUCAAUAUCCACGAUGCCACCGUCGGGCGGCAGUUGGUCACUGGCGGUGGCCGCCGGCGAGGUUCCGACCGCGAGAAGCGCCUUUCGCACGAUCGAAAGCCGUCUUACUCGUCCUCGGAGCGUAGCUCGUCCGGUGUCCUUGGCGGGGCGUACCUGCCAGCCUCGAUCAACCCGGUGAAACUACGCGAAACCUCCACGAUCCGGCGUCAGCGAAGGACCGCUCUUGGCAGCCGUGAUGAGCCACAUUCGUCGAGCGGAAACUGGAGCGCGAGCUCGGAGUCUGGCAGGACGUCGAUCGGAAGUGAGAUUACGACUUCGAACACACACCCGAAGUCGAGUGCCUCUAGCACGUCUCUGAACCACAGCAACCCGGUCAGCUCGAGUGCACCACCCAGCUCAAUCGUAAGCCGACGGCGAUUCUUUAACACCUCCGCUUCCAGCAGCGUAACCAGCGAGGGUACCAUCACACCUGACUUGCAGACGUUUGACGGACAUGAUGAAGGUGGCGAGACGAGCUCGGUAUACUCGUGUGACACCGAGGGCUACUACACGUCCUUCCACGUCGAUUCGGGCCUCAAAACACUCAAGGAAGAGGACCCGGUGACGCCACUUCAGUCAACGACGGCCCUUUCCAGUAUUACGUCGUUCUCGAGCUCAGGCAAUACGACAGUGGUCUCACAGGACGCGGACUACGACGCCUACGGGAAAGGCUCGACCUCAACGACGACCAGCUCGGCAGGGACGAUCUGUACGGUGUUGGCUGAAGCUCCUGCUGGGUCUCUUCCCAAGAUCCCAGAGCGUAAAAGCUCGCUGACGAAACUGAAUCGAAGCAACAGCACGGCCAGUAACGGUACGCUCGAACGGAGCUAUUCCAGCAGUACGCUGGGUAGCACACUCGACAGUACCGGUACGAUAAAGCGCAAUGGUGUGCUCAUCCAGAAGGAGGUGUUGCGUGUGUUGCGACAGGAGAACAACAACCGACUCGAUGUGGCUGAUGGCAAUGUAUCUAAAUCCUCAACGACACCGACAACGACGGUGGAUCCGGAGCAUUCGGAGUCCUCAGAUGUGGAGUGUGUGGAGCGUACCGAACGGUUGAAGGUGAAGACGACCAUCAACACCAGUCGCAUCCCGUCGAUGUGCAUCAUCACACCGACCAACAGUGAUGACGAGCAGCCAUCGCAGGAGCAGCAGGAUUCGAUGAAAUCGCAGGACCGGACGACCACCAAGAGUCGAGGACUAUUGUCGACGUCAGGAUCGUUUGAGCUUAAAAAGCCCAAGGACAUUCGGAAGCACGCACUGUUGCCACUCAACAGCGUGUUCGACCGAAUCAAAGGCGCUCUGCCACAUCUUAAGAAGUCUCCCACGAAGGAGUCAGAUGGCACAGUCCCUCUACCAACGGACACAUCGAAACAGGUAGAAGGCGCCGGUGACGGCGAGUACGUAGAGAUUUCGAAGGGCCGUAAGACACCCAACGAGCUGACAGUUCGUCGUAACCUAGCAACGGUUUUGUCUGGCAACCUGAACGAGGAAACUGAGUACGUCUCGCUGAACGAACUGCCAUGUAACAUCAAAUGUGAUGGCACCACCGGUGGUCCUGCCAGCUUCCUAGCAAUGGACGUCGAGUCUGGUGCUGUCACUGACCCUGUGCAAAAUGGCGCCAGUAGCCCUUCGGUGAGUUCGACGACGACGACGACGGUGACGCCGGGAGGGACGCGGUACGCUGCGCUGAAGGGUGCUGCGCGUGUGAUGCUGGAUGCGAACGGGCGGGCAAUUUUCUCAUCUGACAGCUUGAAACGACGGAAAGGAGCCCACACGACGUUCGCGCCUGGCCCAUGCGUAAAGGAUGUGACGUCGCGCGAGGCGCCAUGUAAACAAUCGCCGCUCGGGUCACGACAGUACGCGGGUGGCGUUGGUGGCGGUGGCACGGUGAACAGUGACGUAGUGGCACAAUUUCCCGUGGUGCGUCAGCUGAAGCGACCGCUCGUUUCGACGCGUUACGGUGCGACCCGAGUUGGUCCUUCUCCGGUCGGAGGUGGUGGCGUUGUUGGGCAGGAACCACCGAAAAAGGCGCUCGUCGCAACCAUUCUCCCGAACAGUGCCAAACAGUGCCAACAAUCGGUUCCCAGGAUGCACUCCUUCACGCCGUACCGUGGUGCUAUGACCGAAAGUGCGCCAUUUUGUGCUGGCACCACUCAGCAGCAGACGAUGGCCUAUCAAGCGGCAGGUGCUGUGCCUGCGGCAGGAUAUCCUGCAAAACCGUAUCCUGAAGGUGCACACUCACUGGACCGUUCUAGCGUUAGGAACUGGUACCCGGACAAGCUCACUGUUGAGCGGAACACCUGCGGAACGUUGCCUACCCGUGGGGACUUUGCACGUACGUACCGAACCGGUGCUGACUACGAGCCACCGAAGGCUCUGAUGACGGGAAACUUCUCGAGCCCGUCUGCAAGCCCGGUUGUACCUGUCACACCAGACCCCAACAGUCUGUACGCGAUCCCGAACAAACCGAAACCCCUGACGGUCGGACGGAGUGUCCUGCCAAGGCCAACGGAUCGCAGCCUACGCACUAUCCUGGCCGAGCAGAGCGAACUGUCACCGAUCCGGCCAUGCCAAACGAAUCCCUUCAGGACGUCAACCCCAUCGAAGGCUGACGAGGACGCACCGGUGCUGUUGGGUGGUGUCCAUCACCCAUCCCACAGGCUGCUGAACAGCUCCACCUCCGUGAGGUCCUUGGGCAGCUCGCCAGUGCACUCGGGCAGAUCAACUCCACGUGAGAUGCUUGAACCGCAGACACCUCGUGGGCGGCAUAGCUGGGCAUCGAAUAGUGUAGAAAUUCCGAAGACCUGCUCGGACCGGCUGGGGACACCCAAGACGAGCCUAAUGGACUUCAAAAAGCUGCUACUGGCACACGGCACUAAAUCGCACGCCAGCCCAGGCUCGAAGUUGUCCGCAGUUGAGCUGCUGAAGAAAAGCAAGGAGACGGCCAACAACCCUCGUCCUAAAGAUGGCCAACCUGUUGGUUCUCCUGGCAUGGCGAUCCUGGACAUGUCGGCGUCACCCAAGAUGUACAGCUUCCGGCGGAUGGCCCAGCAGGGUGGGUAUGGUGGCUCGCCGACGAAGACUGGUAGUGGCAAGGGUUCGGUGGCACGAUCUAACUGGCGGUACAACAAUAUGCGUACUGGCGUCAUCUCAACGGCCAUUCCGGAGGCAAACAGUGAAGAGGACAUCUUGCCAGUGGACCGGAAUUCGAGUGUCGAAGCGCAUCAUUCCGUUAAAGGGAGCCCACGAGCUGUGCGCGAGGACGACGUGGUGGAGAAAAGUUGUAGUUUUAAGGAGAACAUCUUCCUCAAGGAGGACGAGAACAAUUUCAUGCGUGGGGAAGUGCCACGGUUAGCGAAAACGUUGGCCGGAUUUUCCACCAGCGACGGAUCACGGGCCAGUGGCCGGCUGGUGAAAGAUAUGGCCGCCAAGCUGAUGUCACGGGACCAAGAGGCCGGAGAGGUCAUCUCAACUGACCUGCAGAUGGCUUCGAAACAAGCUGCAGCAGCGGCGGCCCUUGAGACAGCACUUUAGGCCCGUCCAUAGAGCAUUUUCCUAAGAGUGUUCAAUCCUUUGACCAAUAAUUGGUGGAGGACAUCGUACAUGCUGCGGGAAAAAAACGCACCCCAGCAGUCGCUUUCUCUUUAGCUUCUCUCAUCGAGCCUGCCUGAACACCGUUCGCCCUUCGGAGCAGUGCGGUGUAGAAUAGGUGUAUCUUUUUUUUUUACGCGCGCGUUUGGGUCGUGUUGUAUUUAUCUUUAUUUAUUCUAAUUUAUUUCACGUUUUUGUUCGUCUGUUGUUUAGGUAUUUAUAUUUUAAAGCAAAUUUUGGCAGCUUCUCUCGCGUGGGCUCUUGCAAAUUCGAUUUCUUUUAUAUGUUGACGUUACUCGGCCCACCAUUUACGCUUAGACGACUGAUUUUUUGCUCUAUCGCUCAAGUGAUUCUUUCAAGAGAUUUGCAAAUCCUGAUAGAAUCCUGAAAGUUCCAUUUCAUCCCGCGAAUGAGAGCACCCGUGACGAAUACUUGCGCAAUGAUUUCGAUAGUUUGUUAAGCCAAAAUUGUCAUAAGAAUAAAAUAUGCUCGAUUCGUGAGCAAGGGCAAGGAUAUAGCAUGCUGGCUUGCUACGAUCCCAGUGCCAACCCAGACCCGUAGAAAAUGUAACGAAACUCCCACGUGAUAGGAGACAAAAUUCAAAACAAAAACAACAUUAUUUCGAAUCGCUUGUGGUGUUGUCCAAAAUCAAGUAUUAUCAAAAGAGGCGCCCAAAUUGCUGAAAUUAGACAUAUUCGAUAUAGUUUCAUAUCAAGGCUAUAGCGUUUAAGGCUUAUCGUAUGCAUUUACAUUCUCCUUCUUAUUAGGUUUGGUUUCGCCGAAUGUGUAGCGACUUUCGAACGCUAAGCUGUGUUGCGAACGGUUGAUGAAUGAGAAUCGUCCUGACUAUUGUUGCAUUAUUGAAUGAGACAUAUUUAAACGAAGCAAUUAAAAUAAAGCAUAUACAUAUUUAGCAAUUAAGCCAUACCUGAAUCUUUACAAUACGAUGUAUUUGUAUUGUGUUGUAAACUUAAGCGUUUAAUAUCUAUCAUAUCCACAUCUAUUCCUCCGCUUGUACCUUAAAUGCUUUGUUUAGUUUGAUGAC